UUUCAGUGCAUCAAAAGCACCAACGGGAAUUAGAAACGCUUGGAUGGAAAUCGGGCGAGUGUUUAGAACUGUUUUUGGUUUUAUAUGAAACUGGUGAUUAGUUCAUCUGCGAGGACCUUUCUUAUUUCCCCUUAAAGAUUUUAAUAAGGAGUACAUUUCCCCCCCGGAAGGUUGCAUGGUAUGAGCGGUUUCCCGGAGUGAAUUUUCAGAAACUCUCAACUCAAUCUCUUAUUUCUCUCUUCAAGUAUUCCUAAAUCUAAAUGGAAUUAGUUGAGUCUGAAGCCGCUUGUGAAAGGAACAGACAUGGUACAUGGGCACAGCUUCCAUCACGUUGUUGCAAGUCUUCUCAUACUUGGGUUGUCUGGGGCAACAAGGAAGGAUACAGCAGCGAAGAACAACUCGGGCGUGAAGCCUGCAGGUCAAUGUGGAACGUGGGUGAAGGAAGCAGAAGGAGGGAUCUUCACUUCUCCCAAUUACCCAAACAAAUACCCUCCGACCACAGAGUGUGUUUACAUCCUCGAAGCACCCCCAAGGCAGUGUAUUGAUCUACACUUUGAGGAGAAUUAUUCAAUCGAGUCCUCUUGGGAAUGUAAAUUUGACAACAUCGAGGUUCGGGAUGGACCCUUUGCCUUCUCUCCGAUUCUGGGACGGUACUGCGGCCAGCACAGCCCGCCUGAUAUCAGGAGUAGCGGCCGAUAUCUGUGGAUAAAAUUUGUAACGGACGGUGAACUGGAAGCCGUGGGAUUUUCAGCAAGUUACAACUUCACUGCAGCAGCGGAUGAAUAA